GUCCUGUCCCGGUGAGGGGCGGCGGCCCAGCGGCGGGAGAUUCAAACCUGGAAGGGAACAUGGAGCGGAGAGCAACGGGCUCGGGCCGUGCGGCUUAUGAACGCCUCACAGCCGAGGAGAUGGAUGAGCAGAGGCGGCAGAACGUUGCCUAUCAGUACCUGUGCCGACUGGAAGAAGCCAAGCGCUGGAUGGAGGCGUGCUUGAAGGAGGAACUGCCUUCCCCGGUGGAGCUGGAGGAGAGCCUCCGGAACGGGGUGCUGCUGGCCAAGCUGGGCCACUGUUUUGCACCCUCUGUGGUCCCCCUGAAGAAGAUCUAUGAUGUGGAGCAGCUGCGGUACCAGGCAACUGGCUUGCAUUUCCGCCACACAGACAACAUCAACUUUUGGCUGUCUGCAAUUGCCCACAUCGGUCUGCCUUCGACAUUCUUUCCAGAGACCACAGACAUCUAUGACAAGAAGAACAUGCCCCGGGUGAUCUACUGCAUCCACGCUCUCAGUCUCUUCCUCUUCCGGCUGGGAUUGGCCCCUCAGAUCCAUGACCUCUAUGGGAAGGUGAAGUUCACAGCUGAGGAGCUCAGCAACAUGGCCUCUGAACUCGCCAAGUAUGGCCUCCAGCUGCCUGCCUUCAGCAAGAUUGGGGGCAUUCUGGCCAACGAGCUAUCAGUGGACGAGGCUGCAGUCCACGCAGCUGUCCUUGCCAUCAACGAGGCAGUGGAGCGAGGGGUGGUGGAGGACACAAUGGCUGCCCUGCAAAAUCCCAGCGCGCUGGUGGGGAAUCUUCGGGAGCCCCUCGCAGCCAUCUACCAGGAGCUGCUGGCCCUGGCCAAGCUGGAGAAGGCCGCCAACUUCAGGAACCAGGAUGACAGACAAGGGCAGGACAUCUAUGACUACUACCUCACCCAGGCCGAGAUCCAGGGCCACAUCAACCACAUCAAUGUCCGAGGGGCUCUGGAAGGAGUUGAUGAGGCGCUGGGAAGACAGAGCCCCGAGGCUUUGCUCGAGGCUCUUCAGGACCCCGCCCUGGCCCUGCGCGGAGUAAAGAGACACUUUGCUGACUGGUACCUGGAACAGCUGAGCUCCGACAGGGAGCAGAAGGCGCAGGAGCUGGGUCUGGUGGGGUUUCUGGAAAAGGAGGAGAUCCAAGCUGGUGUGGCGGCAGCCAACGAGAAGGGAGAUCAGGAGCAAGCCAUGCUCCAGGCUGUGCAGAGGAUCAACAAAGCCAUCCGGAGGGGCGUGGCCACUGACACCGUGAAGGAGCUGAUGUGCCCUACAGCCCAGCUGCCCCCAGUGUACCCCUUCGCCGCUACGGUGUACCAGCAGGAGCUGGCCACACUCCAGCGGCAGCAGCAGGGGGAGCUAGGCCAGGAAGAGCUGUUUGUGGCGGUGGAGAUGCUGUCAGCCGUGGUCCUGAUCAACCGCGCCCUGGAGGCCGGCGAUGCCCGCGGCUUCUGGAGCAGUUUGGUGAAUCCCGCUACCGGCCUGGUCCAGGUGGAAAGAGAAAAUGCUCAUCGUUAUUUUGACGCCCUGGCGAGGCUGCGACAGCUGCGGGGAGCAGAAGGGCCCUUCCUGAGCUGGAAUGACCUGCAGGCCACCGUGAGCCAGGUCAACACCCAAGUCCAGGAAGAGACAGACCAGGUCCUCGCCAUCAGCCUCAUCAAUGAGGCCCUGGACCAGGGCUGCCCCGAGAAGACUCUCUCCGCCCUGCUGCUGCCCUCCACUGGCCUGGACGACGUCAGCCUUCCCGUCGCCCCUCGCUACCAUCACCUGCUCGUGGCGGCCAAAAGACAGAAGAUCCAGGUGACCGGAGACCGCGGGGCGGUGCUGUGGCUGGAGGACAUCCGCCAGGGAGUGCGCAGAGCCAACGAGGACUCAGACAGAGCGCAGAAAAUGGCGCUUGGCGUGGCUGCCAUCAAUCAAGCCAUCAAGGAGGGAAAGGCGGCCCAGACAGAGCGGGUGCUGAGGAACCCCAACGUGGCCCUGCGGGGGGUGGUUCCUGCGUGCGCCGACAGCUACCAGCGGGCGCUGGACGGUGCCGCGACGCGGAAGCGACGGCCAGGGGACACAGCUUUCUGGGUUAAACAUGACAUGAAGGAUGGCACCGCCUACUACUUCCACCUGCAGACCUUCCGGGGGACCUGGGAGCAGCCCCCCAACUUCCGCCACAACACCUCCCACCUGACCCGGGAGGAGAUCCAGUCCGUCCUCACCAAGGUCACUGCUGCCCAUGACCGCCAGCUGCUCUGGGAGGCCAACGUCGGCCUUGUCAUCCGGCUCCAGGCCCGCCUCCGGGGCUUCCUGGCUCGCCAGCAGUUCACUGAGCGUGCCCACUUGCUGAGGACCCGGCUCCCGGCCGUCAUCAGGAUCCAGGCUCGCUGGCGGGGUUACAGACAGCGCAAGAUUUACCAGGAGCGCCGGCUGUACUUCAAAGCAAACGUGGACUCUGUGAUUAAGAUCCAGGCCUGGGCCCGGAUGUGGAUAACUCGGAGGCGAUACGUCAGGCGUCUGCGCUACUUCCAGGACAACGCUGACUCCAUCGUGAAGAUCCAGGCAUUUUUCCGAGCCAGGAAAGCCCGGGGUGACUACAGGAUGCUAGUGCACGCCCGCCACCCUCCCCUCAGUGUGGUGCGCAAAUUCGUGCACCUCUUGAACCAGAGCCAGGAGGACUUCUUGGCCGAGGCAGAGCUGGUCAAGCUCCAGGAGGAGGUGGUCAGGAAGAUCCGGUCCAAUCAGCAGCUGGAGCGGGACCUCAGCCUCAUGGACAUCAAGAUAGGCCUGCUGGUGAAGAACCGGAUCACGCUGCAGGAGGUGGUCUCCCACUGCAAGAAACUGACCAGGAAGAAUAAGGAGCAGCUGUCGGACAUGAUGGUUCUGGACAAGCAGAAGGGCCUAAAGUCGCUGAGCAAAGAGAAACGGCAGAAGCUAGAAGCUUACCAACACCUCUUUUACUUGCUCCAGACUCAGCCCAUGUACCUGGCCAAGCUGAUCCUUCAGAUGCCACAGAGCAAAACCACCAAGUUCAUGGAGACGGUGAUCCUCAGCCUGUACAACUAUACCUCCACCCGCCGGGAGGCCUACCUUCUGCUGCAGCUGCUCAAGACUGCGCUCCAGGGGGAAAUCAAGUCAAAGGUGGAGCAGCCCCAGGAUGUGGUGACAGGCAAUCCAACGGUGGUGAGGCUGGCGGUGAGGUUCUACCGGAACGGGCGGGGACAGAGCGCCCUCCGGGAGAUCCUGGGCAAGGUGGUCCAGGACGUGCUGGAGGGACGGGAGCUCAGCGUCCACACAGACCCUGUCCACAUCUACAAGAGCUGGAUCAACCAGAUGGAGAUGCAGACUGGGCAGCGCAGCCAUCUCCCCUAUGACGUCACCCCUGAACAGGCCUUGAGCCACGCCGAGGUCCAGAGACGACUCGAUAUCUCCUUGCGCAACCUUCUCUCUAUGACUGAUAAGUUUCUGGUCGCCAUCAUUUCUGCUGUGGACCAAAUUCCGUAUGGGAUGCGCUAUGUGGCCAAAGUCCUGAAGACAAGCCUGGAGGAGAAAUUUCCCCAAGCCACAGAGAGGGAGGUCUUUAAGGUGGUUGGGAACCUCCUGUACUACCGCUUCCUGAACCCAGCUGUGGUGGCCCCUGACGCCUUCGACAUAGUGGCCCUGGCAGCGGGCCGCGCCCUGGCCGCGCCCCAGCGUCACACCCUGGGGGCUGUGGCCCAGCUCCUGCAGCUCGCUGCUGCUGGCAAGGCCUUCUCCGGGGAGAGUCAACACCUGCGCGUCCUGAACGACUAUCUGGAGGCCACACACCUCAAGUUCAGGAAGUUCAUCUGCAGAGCCUGCCAGGUGCCAGAGCCCGAAGAGCACUUCGCCAUGGAUGAGUAUUCAGACACUGUUGCUGUGGCCAAACCCGUCGUGUACCUCACCGUGGGGGAGCUGAUCAGCACGCACAGGCUGUUGUUGGAGCACGAGGACCAGCUUGCCCCUGACCAGGGAGACCCUCUGCACCAGCUCCUACAGGACCUUGGGGAGUUGCCCACCAUCCUGGAUCUCAUUGGCGAGAACAUACCUACAGAUGGACAGGUGGACCCGAGCAAGCUUGAAGUGUCCCUGACACUCACCAACAAAUUCGAAGGUCUGGAGACAGAUGCUGGCCAGACCAACACCCAGAGCCUGCUUCUGAGCACCAAGCAGAUGCUGGCAGAUCUCCUCCAGUUCCUCCCUGGGGACUCCCUCCAGGAGAUCCUGUCCCUCUCGCCUUCCAGAGAGCAGGAAGCAGCGCAGGCCAGGCUGGCGCGGACCCCGGAGCCCCUGCGGAGACGCUGCUCGCUGGCGGCGCACGCCCUCCUGCCGCUGGCGGAGAAGCAGAGGCGCGUCCUGAAGAACCUGCGCAAACUUGAGGGCCUGGGACUGGUCAGUGCCAGCGACGGCUACCAGGGGCUGGUGGACGAGCUGGCCAAGGACAUCCGCCACCAACGCAAGCACCGGCAGCGGCGGAAGGCGGAGCUGCUGAAACUCGAGGCCACGCUCCGCGGCCUGAGUGCCAAGACCACCUUCUUUGAGGAGCAAAGCGACUACUACAGCCAGUACAUUCGGGCCUGCCUUGACCACCUGGCCCCCGGCCCCAAGAGUUCUGGGAAGAGAAAGAAGCAGCCAUCUCUUCAUUACACAGCCAUCCAGCUCCUGGAAAAGGGCGUCUUGGUGGAAAUUGAAGACCUUCCUGUUUCUCACUUCAGAAACGUCAUCUUUGACAUCGCCCCCGGAGACGAGGCGGGGAAGUUUGAGGUAAAUGCCAAGUUCCUGGGUGUCCACGUGGAGCAGUUUCAGCUGUGCUAUCAGGACCUCCUGCAGCUGCAGUAUGAGGGUGUGGCCGUCAUGAAGCUUUUCAACAAGGCCAAAGUCAACGUCAACCUUCUCAUCUUCCUCCUCAACAAGAAGUUCUUGCGGAAGUGACCGAGGCAGUGGCGCUGUCCAGGCCUCGCCCACCCGGAUGACCUCUCCUCUUUUAACACUAAUUGGAUAUGUGGCUUUCCUGCCGGCGCCCAGCUCCGGCCUGGCCUGGCCUCCUAACAUUGGCCCCUUCCUAGGCCACGGAGCCAUUGGCCAACUCAAUCGCCAGGCACUGUUCUUUCUGCCUGGCUGAAGGGGGCCUUGCUCAAGUCUAGCUGUGUAUGUCUUUUGUCACGUAUGACAGCCUCAUGAUUUUCCAGCCUGAUGUCCCUGUCAUCUUUGGUGUAACCUUGUGCCUGGAAAGGCUGUCCCUUUUGUGUAUAUUGCUGCCCCCCUGUGGCCAGCCCACUAGGACAAUGACUGCCAGGCAGCCCCAUUUCCCCUCUGCCUUCUUCCCUACAAAACCCCAAAGCCAAGGCCAGGCUGCCUGCUCCUGCCUCCCCCUCAUUAAUUAGCUGUGGACAUUGACGCCUCACCUAUCCCGGGUCUCUGCGCCGUGUCCCUAGUCAUGAGCUGUUGAGCACUAGGUACAGCCCUUGCUGACGUCCUCCGCCACAGCGCGAGUGUGAACCUCAACUCUGCCGUUACGUCUGUUUUUAUGUCGUUACUGUCCUAUUCUGUGUGUGUGUUGUUUGUUUGAUUGUUUUUGAGGUAGUGUCUCACUCUAGCCCAGGCUGACCUAGACUUCAUUUUGCACUCCCAGGCUGGCCUUGAACCCCCGGCAAUCCUCCUUCCUCUGCCUCCUGAGUGCUGAGAUUAGAGGCGUGCGCCACCACGCCCGGCCUGUCCCGCUCCUCUUGCGUCCUGAUCGUGGUUUUAAUUCUCUCCUCUGUCUGAGCUCAAAGAAAAAGUUCAUUUCUCCUGUUCAAACCAGUGUUUGUGCCAUGCUCUUCUUCCUCGCGUUAUAGUCACCUUCAGUGACUAUAAUGUGUCUUGGCCUUGAGAGCUCGUUAGCCCAGCCUCAUACAGAGCAAAGCUCAGUCCUGCCCUCUCCCAGUCAAUCCUCUGAUCCGUUCCCGGAGAUCUGCAGGCCUGCCUCCGCCAUCGUCUCUCUGUCCACCCCACACCUUCCAGCUUCCUGUCUCUGCUGCCUGUCUGAUUUCAUCUUAAUAAAAGCAGCUCUUGCCACACA